AAUCAGGCAGAGAGCGAGGCGUGCUCAGUCUGAAUCUGAAGGAGCAAGCUGCUGGUACUGGAUUUAAUGGACCGUGAACUACUGAGACGUCUGUGAAAUACUCAAAUCCUUCUUAAACGUCGCGACAGGAGCAAAGUCAUUGUUGUGAUAAAGUCUUUAGCUGUGGGGGGAUAUCGGUUUGCCUCUAACAUGGAGUACUGGAAGGAGCUGCUUCUCCUGGGCCUAUUAAGUGCGCUGGGAGAAUGUGAAGCAGCCUGUGGACUUGGGUUGCAGUCAGAAAGCGGUGACUGUGUUGAUGUGGAUGAGUGCGGAGAUCGCCCAUGUGGCAAUAACACAAACUGCAAAAACACGUUGGGCAGCUUCAACUGCCAAUGUGAGAAGGGCUACAGAGAAAAGAGUGGGCUUGUUAACUUCACGCUAAAUGGCCAGUGCCAAGAUAUCAACGAGUGCAGAGACGGGGGCAAUAUCUGCGGCCCGAACGCAAGUUGUUCCAACACAUUGGGGAGCUACAAAUGCCUCUGCCACUUUGGGUACACGGAAGCCACCAAUCAUUCCGGACACUGCACAGACAUUGAUGAGUGCAAAGAAGCGUCCGAUAAGCAAGAGGAGCUCUGUGGAGCAGACGGGAACUGCACAAACAGCGACGGGAGUUACCGGUGCAUGUGCUCAAAAGGCUUCACCAACUACGGCAACGAAAGGACGACAUGCUCAAAGCUCGACUGCGACAACUUCAACGAAAACGGCAGUUCGUCGCCGUCACUCGGAGGCCUGGCAGGCAUACUGUCCAUGAUCAGAAGCAGCUGUUUGGCUCUGUCCGACCCGAGCGUCGCCGGUGAAGGGAAGAGUGACGGAGAGGUGCUGCUGAAGACGAUUUUCUCCGCGACGGAGGCCGUCGUGUCCCCCGGUCACUUGGACAGCAGAGAUGUUAGCGGACUGCUCGGCGCGAUGGAGAACGCCAUCAUGCUCAUCGGCCCCCAGCUCAAAGACGGCCGCACUAAGACAGAGACCACAGAGAUGGACGCAGAAAUUGCAGUGCAGAGGGGACAGACUCCCCCGACGGGGCCGAUCCAUCUGACCAAUGACAACGCUACACUUGACACUGACUGGACAACUGCAGCUGGGACGGGAUCAUACCCUGGUUUCGCGCUGGCUGCGUUGUUGAGCUACAAGAACCUUGAGAUAUCUGAUAAUCGCUCCUUUAGCGAGCUCACAGGACUCGAAAAGGAUGGAGUGAGUCCGUCCUUCCAGGUCACCUCGACAAUAGUUUCUGUUGUGGUCUCUAACCCGUCCACUCAGAACCUGAGCCGCUCCGUCAACAUCACCCUCCGACAUCUACAGAACAUAACGGGUGAUGUGAGCUACAUCUGUGCGUACUGGAACGAGAGCGGGGCCUGGUCCACAGAUGGUUGUUAUCAACGUACCUCCAAUAAAACGCACACCGAGUGCACAUGCAGUCAUCUGAGCAGCUUUGCUGUGCUCGUGGCACUCUACGACAUGAAGCACACCUUUGGGCUCCAGCUGGUCACCAAGAUAGGGCUGACCAUCUCCCUGCUGUGCCUCGGACUGUGCAUCCUGACAUUCAAGUUCUGCCGCUCCAUCCAAGGAACCCGUACCACCAUCCACCUGCACCUCUGCAUCUGCCUCUUCGUGGCUGACCUCAUCUUUCUCGCCGGCAUCUCACAAACUGAACCCGUGGGCGCCUGCAGGUUCGUUGCGGCGAUGCUCCAUUACUUCUUCUUGGGCGUGUUCACCUGGAUGCUGUUGGAAGGGGUGCAGCUGUACCGUAUGGUGGUCCUGGUGUUCAAUGCCACCAUGCGGCCCCUCUACUUAAUCCUCACUGGUUACGGGACCCCGCUCAUUAUCGUCAUUAUAUCCGCCAUCAUAAGACCAAAUGGAUACGGUACCGACCAGCACUGCUGGCUGUCUCUGGAAGACGGGCUCAUCUGGAGUUUCUACGGUCCUGUGUGCUUCAUCGUCAUCUUAAACGUCUUCUUUUUCAUCGUCACCGUCUGGAAGCUGGCCCAGAAGUUCACCAGUCUCAACCCAGACCUCACCAAGCUGCAUAAAAUCAAGGCUUUCACAGUGACAGCCAUCGCCCAGAUGUGCAUACUGGGUCUGAUGUGGGUGUUUGGGGCCUUUCUGUUUCAAGAGGGCACCUUAGUGGCAGCAUACAUCUUCACUAUCCUUAACAGCCUGCAGGGAGCGCUGGUGUUCAUUAUGCACUGCCUGCUGUCUAAACAGGUGAGAGAGGAAUACGCCCAUUUCCUCUCUUGUAUCUGCACAUCAGAGAAGAAGAGGUACUCCGACCUCACCAGUACCAACCCCUCCAACAGUCAGUCACAAGCUUCUCGGAGUGGGGAGCACACCGGAGAAUCACAAAUAUGAAACGCUCCAUGAGUUUUCGUACCCCAAAGACAGACUGUCACACCUUUACCAUACCGAGUUAGCCCUGGUUUUAAAGGUUUGGAAGACUUUAAUUGAAAAUUCAGUCACUAUCUUUGGGUUUUGUUGUACUACUAUGCCAACUGUCCGAUGGUACCGGCAAUCAGGGAGCCCAACAGGUCACGUUAGAUGGGAAGCGUUAAUAAUACCGCAUAAGAAAGUCCACAAAUAUGACUCUCCUCGCCUGCUAUUGGAUUUAACUGUGGAACAGAAAGACUUUUGCUUAUUUCCUUCUUAGCAUGCUCUACAAAGAUGUAAAUGAUGGAUCUAGUUGUAUUGACGAAUUUCUUAUUUAGUGUCGUUAUCUUCACAGCAGAGAAGUAGCCGACCACAACAAGUGUCUAUUCAGGAACUCUUUAAAUGAAAGCGACAGAUAUUUCAGUACAUUAUCAGUUCAUCAAAAACAUAUCAGUAGUAUAAGCUGUUGCCUUUCAAAGGAGUCAAAGUGACACAAAUACCCUGAUGUGGACUAUUUGAUUGCACGUGACAAGUGAUGCUCCCUGCUGUAUAUGUGCAAUCACACUGUGCUGUAUUUUUAGACAUGUUUCAUGUACUAGAAUAAGGGUGGGUUUGCCUUUUAGAUUUUUUUUUUCCAUUUACUGUAUUUGAAGGUAACAGAAGCAACUGACUUGAAGCACUCGUGGCCAUUGUGAUAUCUUUUCUUGCAAAUGAUUUGCAAUUGAGCUGUGCCUUUUGUCACCGGUGUUUGUUUUUGGAAAAAAAAUGAAUUCAGCCCCAAAAUAGCAGUUUGGGAAAUUCCCAAAACAGACCCACCCUUCUGAUAAGCCUGCAGCUUCCUGCAAUCAAACUGUGUUUAGGGAAUAAAAUUCCAUUUAGUUGUUUUUCUUAUUACAGCUCUUAGUCAAUGUCUCCAUAGAUUGUUAGUGACUGUAACUUGUCGCAUUCCCUGAAAUGAGAACUUCAACUGUUUUGAUGAGGUCUAUGGGAGAUGUGCAGACCGUGGUAUGUUUAUGUUAUUGCACUUUUUCAUUUAACAAAUAGAUAAUCCAGCACAUCUUCACUCACGUGGUGCAACAAUCAACUUGAACCUCACUCAAAGAACCGGAACACUUUACUUGGUGUAAAAAUGCUGUCAUAUUUUCUAAUAUUUCAUAGAAAGAGAGGAUAUGGUAAAAACAUGUUUUGUUUCUGUCUCCCUUUCUCAUCUACAAGCCUGAUUAAGACCACUUAUGUGUUGGUUUGACAACUAAACGUCUCUUAGGUUCUUAUGUGUGGCUGCACUCUUUUUGUGACCAGCAGUACGGAUUAAAUAAAGUAUUGCAAAAUGUAUUUCCAUGA